AUGCAGAGGCAUAUUCCUAUCAUCAAACUUCUGCUUGCAGGAGGUUGUGAUCCUAAUAUUACGUGUGGUGGCAAGGUCCCUUUGCAUUAUGUUGCUCCAGCUCCUGCUACAAGCACGACUAUGGAAAUUGUCCGUCUUUUACUCGAUGCUGGGGCUGAACCUGCCAGUUGGGUCCAAUCGCCAUUCGAUCUUGCCUUGGAAACCGGCAAUGAGCCGUUCGUCGAUUACGUCUUCCAACACUAUGUUUUUGAUACCGAAGUUAUUCUGGAUAUGGUUGAUAAGAUAGCCGGACAGCAUAAGGGAUUGGCGUCUUUCCUCCUAAAGAAGAUUGAUUUGGACCACACAAUCAAUUUUGGUACAGGUGCACGAUCCAAGCUUCUGUGUGUUGCUGUAGCUGGCGGCUUCGAGGAUUUGCUAGAGAGACUAUUAUCAACGAGGACGUCUGUCCUUAGCAACUGGAAUUGUAACUGUGGCCAUAGAGAUAUCAUGGCUCUGGCCGUUGCAUCUGGCAAUAUCAAAAUGAUAGAGUUGUUGCUCUAUUAUGGCGAAUCUCUUUAUGACGCCGUGACUUAUCCCGCAGUCAUUAUUGAGAAAGACACAAAUGGGAACUGGGAUCCCGAUGAUUGCCCCUCUUCGAUGAUUCUCGCGCUUGACCGAGGCCAUGAUGAUGUCGUAAAGUACAUCAUUAACCAGGGCUUUGAUGUUGUAUUUGCGUCACAGCAUGGGAAGGACCUUUUCAACAGAGCACUCUAUCUGGGCAAAGUGGAAAUCCUCCAAAUGCUUUUUGAGACUUCUGCCCCAUCGAUUGAAGAUAUUGCGUUUUCAGAGGACGGCCUAUCAAUCCAGCUCGCGGUAUUAGGAGGAGAAGCCGCCUUCAGAUUACUCCUCCAGCGUGGAGUACGACUACAACCGGAUUGCGUUGGGCAUUCCCGCGCAUUGGCAUAUGCUGCUGUGCUAGCUAAUGUGCCUAUCUUGAAGAUGUUCUUAGAUGCGGGUUUUAGUCUGGAUGUGCAAGGCGAAUUCGGAUUAUCAUUCGCACUCGAUGGAAGUAGAGGUGGUACACUCCUCGCUCUCGCAGCUCAGGCUAAAGAUCGAGAUGCCGCGCAAGCUGCGGUUAAUUUUUUGCUAGAACGCGGGGCACAGCUCAACCAGCCAGGCAGCUCUCGCAAUUACACUCCUUUGCUCUGCACGGUCUCGGGAGUGGCUAGAAAUUAUGUUUGGAAUAUUAAAUGGUUCAUCGGGAAGAUACGUAAGACCGAGGCAGACGAAGUCCAGCGUGAGAUAGUACGUGAAGAAUUGUUCGAAACUACCGACCGCGGUGUACUGGCAACGAAGCUUCUAUUAGAGAAAGGGGCCGAUCCUCUCUUUUGCAACGGAAGUGGGGAGUCUGCCUUGGCCGUGGCUGCAGGGAAAAAUGAUAUCGGAACGGUUAAGAUGCUGCUGAAAUAUGUUGAUCAAGACGUUCCGAUCAGUACCAUCAGGUCUCAUGUAAUGGCAGCGAUGGACCCUUCUGACGAUUAUCAUGGGAUUCUUGGGCGGUGGAAGGUCAAGCCUUCUUUAGGCAUACAAGAGACACUCUGGAAUUAUUAUUGGCGUAAGGCUUACCCUGCUAGCGAAUAG